GGCUCUAGGUUCUCCAGCCGGCUCAAUCGCAGGCGACCCGAACCCGUACCGCUUCAAAGCCAGCUCUACAAUUAUAGCCGGCUCUCCUGCAGAUUUUUAAAGGCCUCGGGUUUCUCUCUCCCCGCACAAACCAGCCCAGAUCUGCUUCAAUCCCGCGACCUCUCCUCUCCCAAAUCUCGCCAUUCACUCUCUCAAACACCAAAAUCCCUCCAAAUCUCCAAAACCCAUCCCUUAAACACUCAAAUUUCUUCAAAUCCUUACCUACCCAACACAAAUCCACAAGCUUUCUACUCCAAUUUUGCUUGGUUUUUGCUGAGUUCUCUCUCUCAUGGCUUCAAGAAGGGGCGGAAGCAAGAGGAAACAAAUUGGGAGUUCUAGUGCCGGUGGCCAAGCCCAAGAGGAAGGUAACCUCGUUGAUAAUGCUCUGUUUAUGGAUGAUGAUGCUAUUAAUCGCUAUAAUUUUCUCAAAAACUUGGCUGUGCUACCAUGCAAUUGUGUGAAAUUCAGUCAAUUUCCUCAAGGAGAUAUGCUUAUUGAACAGAUAUUUAGAGAUAUUGAGUGGAUAAAUUAUUUAAAAAUUAAGGAACCUGUGUAUCAUGAAGUAGUUCAUCAGUUUUAUGCUAAUUUGAAACCAAAAAAGAAUACAUGCCGCACCAUGGUUUCUGGGAUAUCAUUUCAGUUUUCACCAAGAGAAAUUUGUGCUACAUUAGAAAUACCUGAAGGAGGAGAUGAUCAGUUUGAAGGUGUAAAUAUAUCUGAAGUUAGAGCCACAAUUGCCCCAAAUUGUACUACUGGACAUAUUAAUGUGGGAUUUCUUACACCAGAACACAGAGCAUUGCAGUGGAUUAUUAGUCGCAUUCUUGCUCAGAGAAAGAGUUCCAAAUCUGUUGUACUUAGUGGUGAUCUCUUAUGGUUUGAUUAUCUUCUCAAAAGGAAGAGGUUGAACCUUGGAAGAUUCAUUUACCGGAACCUAAUCAAGACUUAUCCAUCAAACAUGGGUCUUCCUCAUGGUGCUUUAAUUACUAGAUUGGUGAAGAGGAACAAUGUUGAUCUUACACCCUUUAUGCUUGGAAAGGUUCAAAGUGGGACUACACUCAAUAAAGCUUCCUUUGAGAAUAUACAAUAUGAGUUUCGGAAUGGUAGCUGGAGGAAGAAAGGGGAUCAAGCAAUGGAACAGCAAAGUGAUGAAGAAGAAGGUGAUGGAGAUCAAGAAAUGGCAGAACAAGGGAAGAAGAACAUGGAGACAGAAAUGAAUGGUUUCCGGACAAAAAUGAGAGGGAGAAUGACUAACGUGGAAGGAAAGCUUACUAACGUGGAAGGAAAGCUUGAUCGGCUUGUUAACCAUUUUUUUCCUCCACCCCCACCUGAUGCCACCUAACUUGAUAUCUCUUUAGUUUGGCUAAUCUUUAGGGGGAGUUUAUUGGUUGAUGAUUGUAUUCAUGACUUUGGUUGUCUAUGGUGCUAUAUUGAUGAUGAUUGAUGAUUAUAUUCAUUACAUAUUCUUGAUGCUUUAAAGGUUGAUAGCAUGAAUUAAUGGGGAGCAUUUUGUGCUUAAAUUACUUUUCUUAAUGGUUAUCAUGCUUAAAUGCUUUAAAGAUUGAUGUGCAUGAAUUAAGGGGAAGUUUGUUG